CGCACCAGCAGGAUGGGUCGGCUUAGUUUGGUCCUGACCAUCAGCUUCCUUACAGUGGUCUUGGGCAGGAAUCAAGAGGAGAAGCUACUCAAUGACCUGAUGACAAAUUAUAACCGCAACUUUCGCCCAGCUGUGGACAAGGGGGAUGUUGUCGACGUUUCAGUCAAGCUAACCCUCACCAACCUCAUCUCGCUGAACGAGAGAGACGAAGCCCUCACGACCAACGUCUGGGUGGAGCUGAAAUGGUAUGAUUACCGACUGCGGUGGGACCCGGCCGAGUAUGACAUCAGGUGCUUACGGAUUCCCUCCACCAUGGUGUGGCUGCCAGACAUCGUUCUGGAGAACAACAUCGAUGGGGUUUUUGACGUCGCUUUGUACGCCAACGUUUUAGUUUCUCCGAGUGGCAACGUCAGCUGGCUUCCCCCGGCCAUCUACCGCAGCGUGUGCCCCAUCAUCGUCACCUACUUUCCGUUUGACUGGCAAAAUUGCUCCAUGGUGUUCCAGUCGAAGACCUACAACGCCCAUGAGAUCAACCUCCUUUUGACGGUGGAAGAGGGACAGACCAUUGAAUGGAUUUUUAUUGACCCGGAAGCUUUCACGGAAAAUGGGGAAUGGACAAUCAAGCAUUUGCCCGCCAAGAAGUUAGUGAACGCAGAACGCUUCACACCAGAUGAUAUUGAGUACCAGCAGAUCAUCUUCUUCCUCAUCAUCCAGAGGAAGCCCCUCUUCUACAUCAUCAACAUCAUCAUCCCGUGUGUGCUCAUUUCGUCUGUCGCUGUGCUGGUGUACUUUCUGCCUGCCAAAGCUGGAGGCCAGAAGUGUACCGUUUCCAUUAAUGUCCUCUUAGCCCAGACGGUCUUCCUCUUUCUGAUCGCUAAAAAAGUUCCAGAAACAUCGCAGGCUGUUCCACUGAUUGGAAAAUACUUAACCUUUCUGCUGGUGGUCACCAUCACUAUAGUUGUGAAUGCUGUUAUCGUACUCAAUGUUUCUCUGAGAACACCCAACACCCACUCUAUGUCCAGACGGGUCCGGCAGGUGUUCCUCCGCUUGGUGCCAGGUUACUUGGGCAUGCACAUGCCACGUGACCCUGUGCCCACUGGCAACCGGCUUCGUCGUCAGAGCUCCCUAGGGCUGAUGGCCAAGGCGGACGAGUACAUGCUGUGGAAGGCCCGGAGUGAGCUGCUCUUUGAGAGGCAGAAAGAGCGCGACGGGCUGAUGAAGCUCCUCCUGGCGAAGAUCGGAGAAGGUUUGGAGAAGGGAUGCCCCCAGGACUUCUGCAACAGCCUGCGCCACGCUGCGCCCGAGAUCCAGUCCUGUAUUGAGGCUUGCAACCACAUCACGAGGACUUUGCAAGAGAAGAAGGACUUUGACAGUGAGAACGAGGAGUGGAUCCUGGUGGGAAGAGUGGUUGACCGUGUCUGUUUCCUCGCCAUGUUCUCCAUCUUUGUUUUCGGGACCAUCGGCGUCUUCCUGAUGGCACAUUUCAACAAGGCGCCAGCACUGCCCUUUCCUGGAGAUCCCAAGAGAUACCUGCCCUAGGAAUGCAGGAAUGCUUCGGCUUGAGCAUCUUUUGCUAGCCUUGUGUUGGUGUCAAUCCCCAAAUUAUGUUGCGGAUCUUGGUGGACUCCAGUGAUACAGAGGGACGUCUGUACCACAAAGCCUUCCUCUUUAAGUCGAUGUUUUCUUACAGAGCCUUGGAUCUUUUAUUUGAAGAGUCUCGUUGCCUGCCAGUAUCACCUCUGGUCCAUUAAGAAUGAGCCCAAGUUUAGGGCUUAAACGAGAUGUUGAAAAGAAAUGCAUUUCCUCCUCUUAACCCAUUUUUCCCUCCUACAAGGGGAUUUCCCCUGAGUUAUGUGCCUUGCUUUGACUGUCAGACUUGCAAAUGAAGCCCAUAUUUGUCUUCCAGGAACCAAUCACAAACAAAGCACACUAAAUGCUAGAUAACAGAGGUGAGGAAAACCAAGCAGUGCGUUAUAACCUAGAUACAGUAUAACAUAGAAGUGA